CUUCGUGGCACUGUCGGGGGCGGGACUGUGAGGUCCGACGGGAAAACUAAAGAAAGGCGAAGACCUCUAACGAAACGAUGGCUGCAAUCAGAAAGAAACUGGUGAUAGUUGGUGAUGGAGCCUGUGGAAAGACCUGUCUGCUCAUAGUGUUCAGCAAAGACCAGUUCCCUGAGGUUUAUGUGCCCACAGUGUUCGAAAACUAUGUGGCAGAUAUUGAGGUCGAUGGUAAACAGGUGGAACUGGCUCUUUGGGACACAGCAGGUCAGGAGGACUAUGACCGACUGAGGCCUCUCUCCUAUCCAGACACAGAUGUCAUCCUCAUGUGUUUCUCCAUUGACAGCCCUGACAGUUUGGAGAAUAUUCCAGAGAAGUGGACUCCUGAGGUCAAGCACUUCUGUCCCAAUGUGCCCAUUAUUCUUGUGGGAAACAAGAAAGACCUGAGAAAUGAUGAACACACGCGUCGAGAGUUAGCUAAGAUGAAACAGGAACCAGUGAAGUCAGACGAGGCGAGGGACAUGGCUAACCGGAUCAAUGCCUUUGGUUACUUGGAGUGCUCAGCCAAGACCAAGGAUGGUGUGAGGGAGGUGUUUGAGAUGGCCACCAGGGCGGCACUGCAGGCCAGGAGGCGAGGCAAGAAGAGCGGCUGCCUUCUGCUAUAGAGUGUCAGCUCACACAGUAUUGGGAGGGGGAAACAAACCAGGCCAAAUAAUCAUCCCUCCUCUGUGCCUGCUUUGUCACCAAGGUGGGCACAAUGAAAUGGGGCGUUAUAGGGAUGAGAGAGAACCAAGCUAAAGGGGAAAAAAGGAAGGUCAAAUGCAUUGGAAAAAGGGACUAUAUACAUUUAAGUACAAGGUUAUAGCUUUUAGCUUUCAAAUAAAAAUACUGUAAUCUUGUGUUUAGGAUUCAUAAAAAUAUUAUGAGAAUGUGAAGAGAUGCGUACUUUUCAAAGUGUGGGAGGGUAUGUAGAGUUUCCAGUUCAUUGAAUGGAGUAUGAUUGUCUCCUCUGUUCUAAACCAUAGCUCUAUGGUUUAUAGUUGAGAGCAGCUCCAGAAGAGAUCAGGUGUGUCAGUGCACCCCCAGAUCCGUGCCUGCCUAACUAACUGUUGGACGACUUCCAUGGCCUGCACUGUGACUCUGCUUGUCUUUCUUUCUCCUUUAUUUCCCUGUAGAAACAUAGACCAGCCUAAAUUUAUAUGGUCUAGUGUUUCUGUUUUAUGAACCUGUAGUAUUUGAUACAAAUUCCAUCCAUUUAAAAAGCUGAGUUUGAAUGAUGGCAUUCGAGCAUAAAUACACAAUGGUAAUGAGACCAACUUAUUUGAGUGUUUUAUGAUGAAUGCAAUGAUUUAAAAAAUUAAGUUGAGCUUAUCGUAGCUUUCAAAUCAGAAACCCUUAUGACUGAACUGAUGUGGAUGUCACUGUAUACAGUUGGGUAUUUAAGGGUUAACAAAAUUGUAUUGUCCUCUAUACCAGUGGUUCCCAACUGGUACAGCCACAGGAUUUCCAGAUUUCUCCUUAUUCAUUUGUCCAAGGUCCACACACUUAAAUACAUUCAAUGUCAUACUGUUACUUGCGUUUGGCCAUGUCAUCCAGCUAGUUUGCUGUAUUGAAGAAAAAAGGUCAGUGCUGGAAAUUCACUGUACUUAGAAAAUGUGUAUUUCUCACAAAGCUGACAUGUUCGUGAGUCACUUGUGGUCCGUUCAGAAUGGGCCUGCGACCCACCACUUGGGAACCACUGCUGUAGACCUCAACUGCAAAUUUUCAAAUAGUAACCAGCCUCAACUACAGAGAGAAGCAGAUGUUUAUGUAAAACAGGGUUAUAUUAGAGACAAGCCUUAUUUAUAGUUUCCUGUUUAAGUAUUUUUCAUCAGAAGCCUCUGUGUUUUCUGAUCUGCUCCUGUUUUAAUUUGCUGUUGAUGCAAACUCAACAUUUCCUCCAUGUUUCUCUGUUGUCUCAAUUAAUUCAGGAUAAUUUACAUUUCUACAGCACUAUUUCAGUCACUACAGUCAUGUCAGAGUUUCUCUUUUUAACAGAAAUUCUCUCUACACUUACCGUAAAAAUUCAAUUAAUAGUCCGGGCUAUCAUUUGCUUAAAUUACUGAACUCAACAGGCCUAUAUUUGUGACAGGCGUCUCAGUGGGACAGGCCUUUAAUUCCUUUUAUACGAAACUGUUGCUAAGCAAUGAUGGGAAAUAUAAUCAAAUCGUUAAUUUAAACCAGUGUGAAUAUUACUUGUAUAAAAAUCAUAAAAAAUAUAAAUAUAAUAUAAAAAAUUGUAUAAAGAAUAACAUGUUAAUUAUAAAUGAUUCAUUUGAUCUAACUCUGAAGAGACAGUGCAUUAGAGAGAAAGAGUUUUGACGAUUGUUUCUCAGCACCCGGUAACUGACACAAUACCACUUUUUCUUGUGAAAACAAUCAUUCAUUUUUAUGAAAAACACUUAGGAUUAUUUUGCUCUGUGAAGCCGAACCAACUAAAGGAAUAUGAAUAACUUGCCAGGUAAUCAAGGAACGGACACAUAUUCUGACUUCAUGGCAGCUUCAGAGGCAGGUAGUCACCUUUUUUUUUUUAGUCUCUGUUUAACAUGCAGUAAAUCUAAAGGACUUGGGGUCUUCUUUGGUGCUCAUGGUUAUAUCUGUAUGUGCAAUUGAAGCAGCCAACUAACAUUACCCCAAGUGGGUAGCCAACAGCCUGCCUUAUACAUCCAAGAACUUCUGUAAAAAUGAACUGCUUGGCAACCAGACCAAGCAUCUAAUUGAGACAGGCCUUUAUUUUUAAACAUGUAGCCACACCAGGCUUGUAGAAGGGACUGAGUGUUUAAUUGUAGUUUUAUGGUAUUUACUAUUUUCACUUAAAUUUUGCUGUGAUUUUUUUUUUUCUGCUUUUAAGUUACCAUCAAUGAAACGCAACACUUUAUGUACAGAUUUUACAUUAAAAUACUUCCAGCAGGUCAUAGGGUUUCCUCUUGUUACCAGCAGACUUUUAAUUGACAUUUACAGAAGUGCAGCAUUUCACUGACGGUACUUUCCCAGCAAUUAAAAAAAAAUGCAACAUGGAAGUGAUUAGUGAAUGAAAACAGUAUUUCUGUUGGGGAAGUGAAAUAUUUUAGUGAGUAUGACAUGACUUUGGUACUGAUGGGAUGAGUGCUGUGGAAAUUAACAUUAUACAGAAUUAUAGAAUGUGACACUUGAUAGUAUGAUAAUUCCACCCUCUGUGUUUUUAACCCAGCCAUUAUUUGUUGUUCAGCUGUUAUUGGGCACACCCAUUAUUUAAAUCCCAGCUUUUAUUUGGAAGUGUCUGGUGUACCUGUAUGUCAGGUUGAUACUAUUGGAAGUGUGUUUUGUUUCUACUAUGCCAGCUCACUUAUGUCUACAACUAUUCUUUUUUUCGCUUCAUAUUCUGUUGUAUGUUAUUUUAACUGUGAUAUUCUACUGGCUUAUGUUGUAUUAUUUGCACACAGCUUAAAACAAAAGGUCAGUGUGGUAUACACACUGACCUUUUGAAAUGUCAAAUUAUGAAAUGCAAAAUGAAAGCAACUCCUAAACAGUUGGUGAUUUGCAAGAGGAAUUUUGUUUUUGUACACAAUGGUUUCCUCACACUUUUUUUUUUUAAUGUAUUCUAAAGGAAAUAAACAGUAACUGAGAA